GCGCGACCCUGUUCCCCAGUGGCCCAGCCCUCCGCAUCCGGAGCUCGGGCGUCAGGGCCUGGCACUCGCUGUGGAGGGGCCCUCGGAGCGCCACGAGCCUGGUCCCAGCCUUCUGCCGGAGAGGCGCGAUAGACCUUCCUGCCUUGAAGAGCCGGCCAGAUCUCCUCUGAUUCGCGGUACUCAAGCUCUGCAGGUUCUUGCUUUUCCAGAGAGGGCACCGCGCGAAGCCAGGGGUCAUCAGCCAUGCUCCAGACAUGGUCCCAGGAAUCAGUGAGCUUUGAGGACGUGGCCGUGUACUUCACCCAGAACCAAUGGGCCAGCCUGGACUCUGCGCAGAGGACCCUGUAUAGGGAGGUGAUGCUGGAGAAUUAUGCAAACGUAACUUCCUUGGCAGCAUUUCCAUUCCCCAAACCAGAUCUGAUACUCCAGCUGGAGCGAGGGGAAGCACCAGGGGGCCUGGAUCCCUGGACACCCAUCAGGAGAGAGGUGAGAGGUGUCUGCACAGGUGGUAAAACCAAGACUGAGAAUGGAGGGCAAACUCCAGAGCUGAGCACUUCUAAAGGACCAGAGUCACACAGACCAAUAAUGGAGGUACUGCUGGUGGAUGUUCCCCAGCACCCUCACUUUGAGAACAGCUUAGAGAAGCUGAAGCUGUAUGACAUGGGGAAGAAAACAAACUCAAAGAAUGGCGAUUUCACAGAUUUGCCAGUCCAGGAUCAUGCAUCUUCCACUGUUGAAAGAGAAGAGAUAGCCAGACAACUGGAAGGAAGAUGUGGUGUCCACACACAUCUCAUUGCAAAGCAGGGCCUUGCUAGAGAACAGGUAUUUAAUAAAUGUGGUGAGAGUGGCAGAUAUUUCAACCAACAUUCAGACCUUCACCAGCAUCAGAGAAUUCACACGGAUGAGAAGCCCUACAAAUGCAAAGAAUGUGGGAAAGCCUUCAGAUAUAACUCAAAACUGUCACGGCACCAGAAAAUCCACACUGGGGAGAAACCGUACCCAUGCCAGGAAUGUGGACAAGCCUUCAGUCAAAACUCCCACCUCCUUCAGCAUCAGAAACUCCAUGGGGGAGAGAAACCCUAUGAAUGUAGUGACUGUGGGAAAACCUUCAGCUACAACUCAAAACUUAUCCGGCAUCAUCGAAUCCACACUGGGGAGAAACCCUUUAAAUGUAAGGAAUGUGGGAAGGCCUUUCAGUGUAGCUAUGACUGCGUCAUCCAUGAGCGAAUCCACACUGGGGAGAAGCCAUAUGAAUGUAAGGAGUGUGGGAAAAGCUUCAGCUCGAAUUCAGUCCUGAUUCAGCAUCAGAGAAUCCACACUGGGGAGAAACCUUACGAAUGUAAAGAGUGUGGCAGGGCUUUCCGCCGGAGUUCGGAAUUUCUCCAGCACCAGAGGUUCCACACUGGGGAAAAUCUCUAUAAGUGUCAUGAAUGUUGGAAAACUUUCAGUUGUAGCUCACGCUUUAUAAUACAUCAGAGAAUCCACACCGGGGAGAAACCUUAUGAAUGCCAGGAGUGUGGGAAGGCGUUCAAUCAGAAAAUCACCCUGGUUCAGCACCAGCGAGUUCACACUGGAGAGAGACCUUACGAGUGUAAGGUGUGUGGGAAAUCUUUCAAAUGGAGUGCAAGUUUCAUUCAGCAUCAGAAACUGCAUACUAGGAAGAAACCUGCCCAAGUUACAGGGCCGUCCCUGGUUAAGCCCCACUGCCCCACUUCAGUCCUCUCCCCUCUGCCUCCCCAACAUGCGAGCCCUGCCCCAGCCAUGCCAGGGUCUCCCCCGUCUUCUCCACGUGCAGUGCUUCUUCCUCCCUCUGUGCCUCUCUUUGUGCUGCUCCCCUCAUGUGAAAUGGCCAAGUCUUCACCUGUCCAAAUCAUGCAUUUCUUUCAGGAUCUUGCUUCUCCUGGGAAGUCACCCCCUCAUAGCCUGAACCCUUUAUCUCAUUCCCCAGGAGCUGCCUCAUGUUCUCAACUCCAUUGCUCCUCUGCCCUCACCCAGGGCUGGAGCAAGAACCUCUUGUUUCAGGAGCCAGUGACCUUUGAGGAUGUGUACUUCACCCAGAAUGAAUGGGUCAUCUUGGAUCCUGCGCAGAGGGCCUUGUACAGGGAGGUGAUGCUGGCGAAUUAUGCAAAUGUGGCUUCCCUGGGCGGGGAGACCAGAACUGACAAGGAAGAAUCAACGCCAAAAGAACACAUUUCCAAAGAAGCAGAGUCCCACGGACUGACAUUAGGAGGGCUGCCACGGAAUGUUCCCCAGCACCUUGGCUUCAGGAGCCACCUAGAACAGCACAGCCACGGGAUGGUUAAGAGGACAAAGUCAAAGAGGAGAGAUUUCACAGAUGGGUCAACCAGGCAUCAGGAGGCCUGUGCUGUGGAGAGCGGGGAGAAGUGUGAGAAAGUGGGAAAAUACAUUAGUGUUAGCACACAACUCACUAUGAAUCAGACAGUUUCUAGUGGUUUGCUAUCUUAUAAGUAUGGAAAAUGUGACAGUUGCUUCAUUCGGAUGGCGGACUUCCACAGACAUCAGAGAUGUCACACUGGUGAAAAGUCUUUUGAAUGCAAAGAAUGCAGAAAAUGCUUCAGAUAUAAUUCCUUACUUAUCUGGCAUCAGGUAAUCCACACUGGGAAGAAACCAUUUAAAUGCAAAGAAUGUGGGAAAGGUCUCAGUUCAGACAUGGCCUUGAUUCAGCAUCAGAGAAUCCACACUGGAGAAAAGCCCUAUGAGUGUCGGGAGUGUGGCAAGGUCUUCAGCUGCAGCCCCGUCUUCUUCCAGCACCAGAGGUUCCACACUGGGGAGAAGCUCCAUGAGUACGACGAAUGCUGGAAAACUUCCAGCUGUAGCUCAAGUUUCAUCAUCCAUCAGCGAAUGCACUCUGAGGAGAAACCCUACGAAUCCCUGACUCAGCAUCCGCGGAUCCACACUGGGGAGAAACCUUUUGAAUGUAAGGAGUGUGGGAAGGCCUUCAAUCAGAAAAUCAGCCUGGUUCAGCAUGAGCAUGUCCACACUGGUGAGAAACCUUAUGAUUGUAAGUCUCGUCCGGCGCCAGCUUCCUCGCUUUCCUUAGCGAUUCGUCAGCACACCGCCCCUGAACUCGCCUCUGACCUGGUGCUCGGGUGUCUGGGCCUUGCAGAAGCCACCGAGGUGGCUGCAGGGCCUCCUAGAGCCCUGGUCCAGUCCCUUGCCCACCGAGGCGUGAUCCUCUUUUUUGCCCUAAGGAAGUUGGCCCAACUGCCUCCCGUGCCCGCUUUUAAGGUUCUUGCUCUUCCAAACCCAGAAGACAGUGCACGGAGCCAGGGAACAUCAGCCAUGCUCCAAACCACUUGGCCUCAGCUCAGACUGCCUGCUCUGGCCCUCACUCAAGGCUUCAGCAGGAACCUGUUGUUUCAGGAGCCAGUGACCUUUGAGGAUGUGGCCGUGUACUUUACCCAGGACCAGUGGGCCAGCCUGGAGCCUGUGCAGAAGGCCCUGUACAGGGAGGUGAUGCUGGAGAAUUAUGCAAAUGUGGCUUCCCUGGAAGCACUUCCGUUCCCCACACCUGUUCUGAUCUCCCAGCUGGAGAGAGGGGAAGCACCAUGGGGCCCAGAUCCUUGGGAAGCAGAGAUUUUGAGAGGCAUCUGUCCAGGUGGUGAGUCCUGGACUAAGACAGAAGAGCCAGUGGUAAAGCAGGAAGCCCCUGAAGAAACAGAGGUGCACAGCAUGCCAGUGGGAGGGCUUUUCAGAAACGUGUCUCAGCACUUUGAUUUUAAAAGCAAGGCACCAUGGCAGACUUUUGGUCUGAAUCCCAAUCUAAUACUUCGAGGUGGAAUGAAGUUCUACGAGUGUAAAGAAUGUGGGAAGAUCUUCAGAUAUAACUCAAAGCUCAUUCGGCAUCAGAUGAGCCACACUGGGGAGAAGCCCUUCAAAUGUAAGGAAUGUGGCAAAGCUUUCAAGUCCAGCUAUGACUGUAUCGUACACGAGAAAAAUCACAUUGGCGCAGGACCCUACGAAUGUAAGGAGUGUGGCAAAGGUCUGAGCUCCAACACAGCCUUGACCCAGCAUCAGCGGAUCCACACGGGCGAGAAGCCCUAUGAGUGUAAGGAGUGCGGCAAGGCCUUCCGUCGGAGCGCAGCCUACCUUCAGCAUCACAGGCUACACACUGGGGAGAAACUCUAUAAAUGUAAGGAAUGUUGGAAAGCUUUUGGGUGUAGGUCACUCUUUAUUGCCCACCAGAGAAUUCACACUGGGGAGAAACCCUACCAGUGUAAAGAGUGUGGCAAGGCGUUCACCCAGAAGAUUGCUUCCAUUCAGCAUCAGAGAGUUCACACCGGAGAGAAGCCUUAUGAGUGUCAGGCAUGUGGGAAAGCCUUCAAGUGGUACGGCAGCUUUGUUCAGCAUCAGAAAUUGCACCCCGUGGAGAAGAAGCCUGGCAAGGCUCUCGGGCCAUCCCUGCUCUGUCCCCAGGGCCCCUCUUCAGCCUUUGCAGCCAUGCCUUUCCAGGGCCCCUGCUCUGCUCCGGCUGUGGCCAUGCCUUCACUGGCCUUGCCACACGCCGUCCUCAUUCCUGCCUCCGGGCCCGUGUUAAUGCUGCUGCCCGCCUCUGGAGUCCCUUCUUCUCCUGUCCAAAUAGUACGAGUCUUCCAGGGUCUUCCUCCCACUGUGAAGCCUUCCCCAGUUAUUCUGACCCCUUCUCCUCACCCCUCGUGAGCUCUGUCUUGGCACUUCUCUGGCUGUUACACACAGCAGAUCUCCAACCUAACUUAAGCUUGAUUUGUGGCUUUUACACCGUACAUGUGUUAACAGCUGUUUGGGCAUAAACGCCAUUGUAAUCGAGAUUUAUUUAAAGGCUGUGUUUGUAUGAUAUAUUCUGUUUUUUUCUGGGUAGAAAGUGGAAAUACUUGACCUUCAUAUUGGUCCCUUUCAGGCUUGAACAGUAACGGCCGUGUCUGCAUUGUGGAGCUGCUGGUGGUCGAAGUGCUAAUAGGACGCUUUGGUGAAUUAGGGACGUUUGAGAGAGAGGACAUCCCCGUAUUAGGCCCCUGUAAUUAGAGAGAAGCAGCCUGGGAGAAACAGAGGAGGCAUUUAAGACCUGUCAGAGUUGAGAAUUGGAAUGAGCUUCCAACCAUGGCCUUUAGAAAUGAAUGCAGAUUGUUCAGUGGGUGAAGGUGUGGUGUAUUCAUGCAGUUGAAGUUGGGUUGCUAUUGACACAGAUCAUUGAGGAUCUUGUACGUCUCUGCAAAAGAUCAUUUGAAAUAACCAGUUUAAAAGAAAAGAAAACAUACAGUGAUAACAGUCAUUUAUAUGAUGAAUAGCAAUCAUGUCUUUAAACAUGAAGUUUUUUUUUUAAUCUUUAGUUUUGCUCUUGAUAUCUAGAUGUUUCCUUGUAACUUUGGUUUCCUAAGUAAAUAUAAACCAAGGCAUUCAUCUUUGCUCCAUCUGUUGCAUAAAUUUUUCUUGGUGUGCAUUCUGGUUUCCUGUUUGCAAGCACUGGUUUCUACAUUGACUUUUCUCCAAAUUGUAAACAUGAACUUUGGCAAAUUACUGAAGAAAUAGGAGCAGCCGAUUUGGGGGAAAUCUGAAUAUGCCUGCCGAAUUGUAUUUUAGGAAUAAAGAGGGCUAUGUAACGGGUCAGUGGUUAAGCUUAUGUGACAGGUUAGUGAAGUGGAAUUUUGGAUUGCUCUUGCUUUUGACCUUAGGUGAGAAUCUUUUAUAACUGUGCAAAGGACUGUGUGAAGUAAUUCCUGGAAAAAGAACUUGAGUUAUGCAUUACAGGCACACCUUGUUUUAUUGCGCUUCACUUUAUCCAUUUCACAGAUACUGUUUUUUACAAAUUGAAGGUUUGUGACAAAACUGCAUUGUUGGAUAAUGGUUAAGAUUUUUUAGCAAUAAAGUAUUUUUUAAUUAAGGUAUGUUCUUUUUUUUAGACAAUGCUAUUACAUACUUCAUAGACUGUAGUGUAAACAACUUUUACAUGCACUGGGAAACCAAAAAAUUUGUGUGGCUUGCUUUCUUGCUAUAUUUGCUUUAUUGUGGUGGUCUGGAACUGAACCAGAAGUAUCUCUGAGGUCUGCCUGUAUAAGCACUAAUAUAAAGUAAACCCUUAAAUGUUGAUGGAAGGGGCCAUAACAUUUUUUUAAAGUUGCUUUUGCUGUCUACAUGUGUCUCCAUUGCAGUUAACAGAAAAACCUUUACUCUAGUUGUUCUUAAACUUUACCAUGUGUCUGAAUAAGCUGGUAUAAAAAGAGUAAUUUUCUGGCCUAACUCUCAGAGAUUCUGAUUUUGUAUAUCCAUGGUGAUGCCCAGACCUUUAGUGUGGACUUCACUUCGAGAGAGGUGCUUUGAGCAGCAAAUGCCUGGGUGGUGUACCUUGAUAAAGGGCUUUCCCUAUUUCACAGUGAUCUUCAGGAGAGAAACCUCUAAAAGUAGUUUGGGUGAUAUCAGUUUAGAAGAAAAGAGAAAAGUAAGUGAAAUUUGGUCUAUAGUGAAAAAAAGAAAGGGGCAAAGAGAACUGAUGUAGCCUAUGAAGAGUUCUUGAGGUCUCUACUGCCAGAAGGUUCGUGGGGUUGACAUUGGUUACCUUUUGCUGUUUUUGUGGUUUAUUUGCAGUUGGAUGAAAGAAUGAGGAAAAUUUUUUUCUUAUAUAAAGUUAGUACACUUCAAACUAGCUCUUGGGUUAAAGAGAGCACAACGUGAAAGCUGCAGAUGAUUUAGAACAGAACAACAGUAAGAAUAGAUCAUAGCAGGGUCUAGGGGAUGUGGCGAAAGGUGGUACUUGGAGCAAUGUUUACAGUCUUGGAUGCAUUCUUUAGAAAAUGAGUUUGAAGGCUUGAAAUUCAGAAGGUUGGGGUGGGGGGUGGGAUGGUGGUGGGAAACAAAAAUAUUAAACAAAAACUAAAAACCAAACAGACCACCAGCCCCCUUCCCAAUAAACUUAGAAAUAAGAUACACAACAGAGUUUGGUGUUUGCUUCUUUAUUUAUUUACUUAAUUUAUUUUUGGCUGCAUUGGGUCUUAGUUGUGGCACACAGGAUCUUCAUUGAGGCAGGAGGGAUCUUAUGUUAUGGCACGGGCUUCUCUCUAGUUGUGGCAUGUCGGUUUUCUCUUCUCUAGUUGUGGUGUGAAGGGUCCAGGGUGCGUGAGCUUUGUAGUUGUGGUGCGCAGGGUCCAGAGCAUGUGGGCUCUGUAGUUUGCGGCACGCAGGCUCUCUAGUUGAGGUGCACAAGCUCAAUAGUUGCAGUGCAUGGGCUUAGUUGCCCCGCGGCAUUUGGGAUCUUAGUUUCCUGACCAGGGAUUGAACCUACUCCCCUGCAUUGUAAGGUGGAUGCUUUCCCACUGGACCACCAGGGAAGUCCCCAGGGUUUGGUAAAGAUGGCAGUUGAACAUGUUAGCAUUUACACCCUCCUGAAACUCCACUAAGAUAGUAAAGAGAUUAAAAAUUAAAAAGCAUAAACUCAGAAGAACAAUGAAAAUAAGCUGAUGACAACAUUUUGGAAGCUCAAAAUCAGGUGAAAGAGUUGUGACUUUUAGCAGAGCUGAGAAAGAUAAAUCCUAAGCCACAUUUCAGGAAGCUGAGCAGCACCCCCAUGUGGCAGAAUUCCCAGAAAGGCUUAGGAACUGAAGAUUCAGAAACCUCUGGAAGAAGGGGAUGCUGGUG